AUGCACAUUAUAUUACCUCUUUUGUAUAUAUUAUCUUUUUUUCCAAGUUUUACAAGUCAAAAUAUUUAUUUUAAUAAGCAUGAACAAGUACAUUUAUCAUUGUUAGAUGGUCCACAUAAUAUUGCUGUAUCAUGGGUAACUUUUUAUGAUUUAAGAAAACUUCAAAGAAAACCAACUGUAAAAUAUGGUACAGCAACGGGUACUGGUCAAAAAAAAACUGGAUUUACAAGAAUAUUAAAAGUAGCAAAAAGCACAAUUACUCGAUAUUUUCAUACUGUUGUUUUAAAAAAUUUAGAAGCUAAUCAAAGAUAUUAUUACAAAGUAGGAGAUGGUGAAACAUGGAGUAAAAUAUUUACCUUUAAAACAUUCCCUUAUGGUUCUAAUUAUGGUGUAAAAAUAUGUAUUUUUGGUGAUUUAGAUACAGGGGUUAUGUAUACAGUAGAAAAACUUAGAAUAGCUGUAGAAAGAGACAUCUGUCAGAUGAUAAUUCAUGUUGGUGAUAUAGCAUAUAAUUUACAAGGAAAACAAGGAACAAUUGGUGAUGAUUUUAUGAGAACAAUUGAACCAAUUGCAGCACAUGUACCUUAUAUGGUUAUUAAUGGAAAUCAUGAAUUUGAUUGUCAUGGUUAUUCACAUUAUGAAAAUAGAUUUGAAAUGCCAACAGGAAAAUAUAAAACUGAUCAUUUUUAUGCAUUUAACGUUGGUUUAGUAAAUUUUGUUGCACUAUCUUCUGAAGCUUAUGGUUUUUAUAUAUAUAAUGGUCCUUUAUCUAUAAAAAGACAAGCACAGUGGUUAUAUGUUACAUUAGAACGAAAUAAAAUGUAUAAAAAUAAAAGACCAUGGACAAUAUCAUAUCUUCAUCGUCCAUUAUAUUGUUUACAAAAAACAACAGAAGGCGAAUGUUAUGAACAUGAAAGUUUAACAUUAAGAAGAGGAUUUAAAGAUAUUCCUGGGCUUGAAGAUUAUUUUUUUUCAUAUGGUGUUGAUUUAGUAUUUUCUGGUCAUGAGCAUGGUUAUCAAAGAAAUUACCCAACAUAUAAUAGAACAGUUUUUAAGCAUCCAAUACAUCAUUAUCAUAAUCCUGCUGCACCAAUAUAUAUUUUAUCUGGAGCAGCAGGUUGUACAAAAUGUAGUAAAUUACCUGUUCUUGAAAAUAUUAGAAAUCAUCCAUUUGCCGCAACAAGAUCAUUAGAAUAUGGUUAUACACAUGUUCAUGUGAUAAAUUAUACACAUAUAAGAAUUACUCAAAUGAAUACUCAAACUGACAAAAUUGUUGAUCAGUUUUGGAUUACAAAAGAAAUUGGACAUGAAAUGCCUCGUCAUUAUAAAAUGUAUAGACACCUGGGUGAAUAUAAAUCAUAUAAUGGUCCUUAUCGUCACUCAUAUUUAACUUUAUCAAAAGGUAAUGACUACUGUAAUCGUUAUUUUAAUGUUCCAAUUUAUAAUUACAACGGUUAA